AUGAUGAAAAGAGGCAGAGGUACUCGCGGCCGCUCGAGCACUAGUGAGCGAGGGGGAAUCCGCAAGCGGGGUGCUCCAACAAAGGUUGAUCGAGAUGGUGAUUUGGCGAUGGGUGCAGGCACAAGCGCUAUCCGUGGGCAGAAAGCUCCCCGAGGGCCUGGUCGAUCCGGAUCCCGAACAAACACAAUUGACAGGAGCAUCACCCAGAUUCAAAAGGCUCUAGCCGGCUCUAACGCUCAAGCGAACAUCCGACAAGGCGGUCGCGGGGCGGGUCUCGAGCAGAUCGCCAUUCGUGGAUGGAAAGAAAGCAAGGCCGCAUCCAACCGCGAUGGCGGCGUCGAAAGUUUGGUCACCUUCCUCGAGAAGAAACUCACCCCACCCGACUCGAAAGCUGGCUCGCGCGCAAGAAUCAAUAAGUCGCGGGUGGAAGGCGACGCUUUGAUAGCGUCCAUCCGACCGGAUUUACUAGAAAGAAUGCUUCAACUCAAUGGCUUUAGCUUUGCAGGAGCUCCUCUUACGAUCGAAAAACACGACCAGGCGACGGCUGCAUUGUUGGACAACUCGAUGCCAACACAGAACGGUACAACCCCGUCGGCCGCGGACACGAAGUCGAAAAUGACAGCGAUAUUGGGGAGACGGUACUAUCAACAGCCCAAGUUACUCGACCUCUCCAAGCUGGCGAGCGACCCAGAUCUAGUAGCUAUGGGGAUUUUUGGCACAACCUCAACCGAAUCCAAGUUCUUCCCCGCACUGAUGAAAGUGUGGGAUCUCAACUUCGAUAAUCCUACUGCCCGCCGCGAGGCUGUCGAAAGUGUUAGCCUCGCGGAUAAUCAGCUCGCCAAUAUCUCCGUUGUAACGACGCUUUCCCAAACAUUUCCGGACUUGAAAAACCUCGAUCUAUCAAACAACAGUUUCGCUGAUGCUCAAGCGCUUAUCGGAUGGCGUUGGAAAUUUCGCAAACUACAAUUCCUCGACCUUACCGGCAAUCCCUUCAGUGCCGACCCGAUAUUUAAAGAUACUAUGCUCAAGUGGUAUCCGGAACUCAGAACAUUAAAUAACACCCAAGUGCGCACCGAGGAAGAAGUCGCUGCGCAAAAGAAAACUCCAAUUCCUGUUCGAGCUCCUCAUUUCCACGACGAAUCUCAGAUCGCAGAGAACUUUAUUAGAACAUUCUUUACCGGUUAUGAUGGCAAUAGGAGCGAAAUACUUACCGGCUUCUACGAUAAUAACUCCAGCUUUUCACUCAAUGUCAACACAUCUGCUCCGCGAGCACUCCAGACGGAGCCUGCUCCUUGGGAUCCGUAUCUGAAGAAGAGCCGAAACCUUCUCAAAAUCAGCCAUUUACCGGCUAGAAUGUCCCGUACAUAUACGGGCGUCGAGAGGAUUCGCGAACUAUGGACAACACUUCCACAAACUAGGCAUCCGGAUAUCGCGGCAAGCCCCGAAGAUUGGCUUAUUGAAUGCUUUCCGAUCCCUGGACUUCCUGAUAUCUCGGGCCAGAGCACAACUGGCGUGGGUGGCUUCCUUAUUAUGGUUCAUGGAAAGUUCGAAGAAAGCAAUGCGGGGAAAGUUGAAACUCGAAGUUUUGACCGCACUUUUGUUCUCGGACCCGGUGCAGGCAUAGGAGGAAUUAGAGUUAUCAACGAUGUCCUCUGCCUGCGAGCGUUCGGCGGCAAUGAAGCAUGGCAAUUGGAGCCCCAGCCUGCUGCAGCUCAACCCGUACCUCCCCCGGUUGCGCCUCCAGCGGCGAACCCAGCUACACCUUCUGGGUACGGUCUUCCAGCACCUGGAAAGGCCGACGUUCAGGUGCAACAAGAGCAAUUAGUGAUGCAAUUGAGCGCCAAAACUAUGAUGACAUUGCAGUACUCCGAACUGGCGCUUUCAGGGAACGGGUGGAGUCUCGAUGCUGCUUUAAAAAACUUCGAGGAACUAAAGACUCAGGGCCAGCUACCCCCCGACGCUUUUCUUCCAGGAGCUCCUGUAUAG